AUGCCAAGUUCACAAGCCGACAAAUCUAGGCAAAUAUCGAGUGGAAAGUCAUUCUUCGGCCGAAAAUUGUACAAAGAGAAACCGACCGAGGAUCGAUACGAUAAUUAUGCUGGUUCCUAUGAUAGCCUGGCACCUCCGCCAAGCGCCGCCGGUUCACGCUCGUCACGCCAUUCAAAGCGGUCUUCAAUUCAAUCCGUUGACUUGACCCAUGAUUUGGACCCAGGCAGUAUUGCACACACCUCAGGCGUCAUCACCUCUAUCCCUUUUGAAAGCCUCCCCACCGAUACUAGGACCCCGAUUCCAAUCGACAACAUGGCCCGUCCGGGCUCAUCGCGCCAUGAGCCUUCGCCCAACCAUCUGGGUAAAGCUGGAGGUGAUUUCCAUCAAUAUCCCACUGUGACCUCGACGUCUGCGCCAAAUGGCAGCAACUCCGGCGAUCGAGGUACCAGACAGCAACAGCAACAAUGGGGACGACCAGGUAGCUCCGCAGCGAAUAGCGGGCCUAACCACAACUCCUCGUCUAUUGAUUCGUCCUCCAACUCCCGCACCUCCCUCGACCAAGCCAGCAUCUACUCCUCCGUUUCUUCGAACACGCGCGGUUCGAGCUACUUCUCCUCGGACAAUUCCUCUCGCACUCUCACAACCUCGCAUUCUAGUGACCGUACUACUAUGCUCCCCAGCUCCAGCUCGGGGCGCUUGUCAAAUGCGGGAUCCUCCCACCAGGUACCCGCCGCCGUCCCCCGGCCACAAGAUAACUACCUUACUCGACCGAGAGAUGACCGCAUUGUGGACCAGCUGUUUCUAGAGCUGAUGCAGAAGCGAGGAUGGCAAAAUCUUCCCGAACAGGCCAAACGGCAGAUGUUGUCGUACCCCGCUUCAAAGAAAUGGACAUUGGUACAUCAGGAUCGAUUGACAGAGUUGCAAGGAGAGCAAAAAAGACGACAAAAUGCGCGACAAACUCAUGGCCAUGAUGGCUUGUCUGGUUUGCUUGAACGCGCCGAUGAAGAAGGUAGCCCGGAGUGGUAUGUGAAGAAGGUGAUGGAUGACACCAUUACGUCCAAGCAGCUUGCUAGUUUAAGUGUCAGCUUGCGGACACAGCCAAUCAGUUGGGUGAAAGCCUUUGUUGAAGCCCAAGGUCAAAUUGCUUUGACCAAUGUCCUCUUGAAGAUCAACAGAAGAAAAGCCUCUGGUCCUGUCCCGGCUCCCCCGACAGGCGAUAAGGAUCUAGACCGGGAAUACGAUAUUGCCAAAUGUUUGAAAGGUCUCAUGAACAACAAGUAUGGCGCAGACGACGCUCUCGAGCAUCAAAAUGUGCUAGUGGCACUCGUCAGCUCAUUAUCAUCGCCACGCCUGAAUACUCGGAAGCUUGUCAGCGAAGUCCUCACUUUCUUGUGCCACUGGGGUGAUGGACAAGGCCACCAAAAAGUUCUGCAAUCCAUGGACAAGGUCAAACAUGAUCACAACGAAACUGGUCGCUUCGAUGCUUGGAUGCGUAUUGUUGAGGUCACCAUCGACGGCCGUGGAAAGAUGGGAAGUCUGGUGGGUGCCAGCGAAGAGUACCGCAGCGGAGGCAUUGGCAUGGAGAACCUCCUUAUGGAGUACGCGGUCUCAACCAUGAUUCUCAUCAAUAUGCUGGUGGAUGGAGCAGAAACGGACCUCCAGCUGCGUUGCCACAUUCGCGCCCAAUUCACAUCAUGUGGAAUCAAGCGUCUGUUGACGAAGAUGGAGGGGUUCCAGUAUGAGGUUAUCGACAAGCAAAUCGAGCGUUUCCGCGAGAAUGAGGCUAUCGAUUAUGAGGAUCUCCUCCAGCGGGAGGGCAGCAGCAUGAAGGAUAGCAUCGAGGGCGAAGUCAAGGACAUGAGCGAUCCCAUGCAAAUUGUCGAUGCAAUCACAUCCAAGAUCAACGGCAGCCGGUCUCAUGACUACUUCCUCUCGGCUAUGCAGCAUAUGCUCCUCAUUCGGGAGAACUCCGGCGAGGAAGGGUUGCGUAUGUUCCAGCUGGUUGACGCCAUGCUGAGCUACGUGGCCAUGGACCGGAGGCUGCCCGACCUUGAUCUCCGGCAGGGUCUAACCUUCACUGUGCAGAGUCUGCUAGACCGGCUGCAUACCGAUGCUGAGGCAAGACGGGUCUAUGACGAGUCUCUCGAGGCCCGGCAGAUUGCGGAGGCUGCCAUUGCUGAGCGCGAUGAGAUGCGAGCGCAGGUCGAGCUCGGCGCAGAAGGCUUGGUUUUGAAAUUGCAAAAGCAGAUUGAUGAACAGGCUGGUAUUAUCGAGCUGCAGCAAAGGCAAAAUGAAUCCUUUAAGGCCGAGGUUGCAGAAGUACAACGACUGCGUGCCCAGGAAUUGCAGCGUAAUGAGCUGGAAACCCGAGAACUAUACCUCAUGCUCCGAGAUGCCCAGGAUAUCGCCGCUGCCAAUGCCCGAAAGGCCAACAAUCCUGAGACGGUGGAGGUAGCAGAUCCAUCCCAGAUGCCCGGUAUCAUGGACCGUGAACGACUCAUGGAACGUCUGGAACGCCAGCUCGAGCGGACUAAGACCCAGUUCAAGUUGGAGGGUAAGGUCUGGGGCGAGCAUGGACCAUCUGAUCGACUCCGUGAGCUGCGCGAGAAGAUGGAAGGCGAAGAUGAUGAUAGUGAUGACUUUGCUGAAACUACCCGCCGAAACCUCGACCCUGGUGCUUUGGGAUCUGUUUACCGCAAGCGCAGUCAUAUCCCUACAAUGGACUCGACUCUGGAAGACGAGGAGGACAUCCCACUAGAUAGCAAUGGCGAGCCGAUGUACGAGAGGCCUCGUCUGGUGGAAAUGCAUCGUCCGCGCUUAGACCCUGCCCAGGCUACCGGCUUCCUAGGCGAGCUUGCUUCCAAGAUUCCCAAGUUUGACGCUGAAGAUCCCAAUGCCGUUGAAGGGGAACAGAUUGUUCCUCCGCUCCCGCCGGGAGUUGUGGCUCUUCCCCCACCUCCGCCGCCAGGAGGCAAGAUCCUUCCACCUCCACCUCCGCCAGGGGGCUUCUCUCUUCCACCUCCACCCCCACCAGGGGGCUUUGCUCUUCCACCGCCACCUCCUCCAGGUGGAAAAGUUGGUCUGCCUCCCCCUCCGCCGCCUGGUGGAAUGGCUCUCCCACCGCCGCCUCCGCCAGGUGGUGCCAAGGGUAUUCCUGGAUUGCCGCCUCCACCUCCGCCCCCCGGUGGAAGAGUCGGAUUGCCUCCGCCGCCGCCUCCAGGUGGCGGCUGGCGACCGGCAUACAUGGCUGGAGAUGUUUCGCCGUCUACAAUCCACAUGCCGUCCAUUCGACCUAAGAAAAAGCUCAAGGCGUUGCAUUGGGACAAGGUCGACACUCCUCAGGUGACUGUUUGGGCUGGUCACGCACCGACUCCUGAACAGAAGGAAGAGAAAUAUACCGAGCUUGCCAAGAAGGGUGUCUUGGACGAGGUUGAGCGAUUGUUCAUGGCCAAAGAAACGAAGAUCUUCGGAGCCAGCACUGGUGCGAAGCAGCGCACUGCCAAGAAACAGAUUAUCUCGAACGAUCUAUCCAAGAACUUCCAGAUUGCUCUGUCCAAGUUCUCUCAAUACCCGGCCGAGGAGGUGACUCGCAUGAUCAUCCACUGUGACAAGGAUAUUCUGGAUAACAAUGUUGUUAUGGAUUUCUUACAAAGAGACGAAAUGUGCAGUAUACCAGAAAACGUCGCCAAGCUUAUGGCGCCAUAUAGUAAGGAUUGGACGGGUCCUGGCGCCGCUACUUCCGAUCGUGAACAGGACCCCUCCGAGAUCACUCGCGAGGAUCAAAUCUAUCUCUACACUGCAUUUGAGCUAAAUCACUACUGGAAAGCAAGAAACAGAGCGCUUGCACUGACUCGCACCUACGAACCAGAGUACGAGCACAUCUCCACAAGGCUACGGGAAGUCGCACGAGUCAGCGAGUCCUUGCGGGACUCUGUUUCGUUGAUGAACGUGCUCGGUCUGAUUCUCGACAUUGGAAACUUCAUGAACGACGCCAACAAACAGGCCCAGGGUUUCAAGCUGAGCUCCCUCGCCCGGCUGGGUAUGGUGAAAGAUGACAAGAAUGAGACUACCUUCGCCGAUCUGGUCGAGCGUAUCGUGCGCAACCAAUACCCAGAGUGGGAGGGCUUCCUCGACGAUAUCAGCGGUGUUAUUGGCCUGCAAAAGAUUAAUGUCGAUCAGCUCCGCACUGACGCCAACAAGUACAUUGGCAACAUUAAGAACGUACAGUCGAGUUUGGACGCUGGCAACCUGAGUGACCCCAAGAGGUUCCACCCCCAGGAUCGUGUCAGCCAAGUCGUCCAGCGAUCGAUGAAGGAUGCUAGACGGAAGGCCGAGCAGCUGCAGCUUUACUUGGAAGAGAUGGUGAAGGCUUAUGAUGAUAUCAUGGUCUUCUACGGUGAAGACAAUGCAGACGAGAACGCUAGACGAGAGUUCUUUGCUAAGUUGAGCGCGUUCUUGAUCGAGUGGAAGAAAUCCAGAGAGAAGAACACAUCUUUGGAGGAAUCCAGAAGGCGCACAGAGGCAUCUCUCGCCCGCAAGCGAAUUAAUGUCAACCUCGCCAACAACACUCCCACCGCGGAGGCCGCGCAGUCGCCUGCCUCAAGUGGUGCUAUGGACUCAUUACUUGAGAAAUUGCGUGCUGCAGCACCUCAAGCCAAGGAUCAACGAGAUCGCCGUCGUCGUGCUCGUCUAAAGGAGCGGCAUACCGUCCGCGUAACGUCGGGCUCCAAGCCACCACCUGAUUCGGGUGAGGCGGAAGAAGGCGAAGAGGGAGCCGAAAGCACGGCUAAUGGCGAAAACAAUGACGAGAACGGUCUUCUCAGCCCUCCAGCCACCGCAGAUGAAGAUGGCAAGGAAGCUCAAGUGUCUGAAGGCGAAGACGUUGCCGACCGUGCCGCCAGCAUGCUUCUCGGUCUGAGAAGUAAUUCCGAUGCAGGCGGUGGCGAGCGCCAGAGACGGAGAAGAGAGAGCGCAGAUGAAGAGCGUCGUAAUCGCCGCAUGAGACGCCGCAAUCCCGCCACAAGCGGGAGCAAAGAUAGCGCGGAUGGCUCUAGUGGCCUUGCUACAGUUCAAGAGCCUGCUUCCCCUGAGCAGACAGACUCGAUAAUCCCAGAGGACCAACCACUACCUAGCCCGCCCAACGAGUCUCAGCCUCCGCCCUCGAUUGUCGUAUCGGAGCAAGGCGAGUCAUUAUCACAGGAUCCCUCGAUUGACGGUUCUCCUCACAAACCAACUGAUUUGUCGAAUUGA